AUUCGUAUUGAUUAUCGAAAUUUUGUGAAAAAAUGUACGCUCUUGUUGUUUUAUUAACGGAACCGCGCACGUACUGUAUUAUUCCAGAGGAAUACAUUUAUGGUCUACGUGAAAUUGAAGACCAGCUCAAAACAUGGGGUGUUUCCAAGUUCGAUCAUUUAAUUUUUUGGACUCGUUCACUCCUUGAUGAUAACACAGCACCAGAAAUAUUGAUUGAUCCAAAUUUUCAGUUGGAACAACGCCGUGAUUUUCCACCGCCCACAGAAAUUGAGUCAGCAUGUUACAUCGGUCGCAUCAAACGUUUCUUCAAAACAUUUGAAGAGGCCAAAUUUUUCCGUGACAAAUUCCGUCCGGUGCCACCAGCUAUUUACAACGCAAAUCGCUCGAAUCGACAACCAAUUCCAUCCAUCGAUCCAAUUGCCCAAGACCAAAAUGAAAAUGUUGAUGAAAAAUUUAUUUUACCGAUUGUGGAAAUGGACCAAGCCGACACAAAUGCGAUUGAUCAUCUAUUGAACUUCAUUGAAAUUGGUGGAGGUGAGAAUAAUCACCCAAUUGACAAUGACGAAAAUGAGAACGGAGAAGGAGACUUGUUUGAAAAUCCAUCCGAAUUGAAUGAUUCUGUGACACGUGCUGAACUGAGCGUUAAUGAUGUCAAAGACAGCGAUGAUGAUCCUCUCAAUUUGGACAAUGUAUCAGUUGAAGACGAAAAUGAAAAGGACGACUCCGAUCAAGAUAAUGCAUACGCAUCACACGAAUUUUUAGCGGGCAAUGAUACCGGUGCAAAUCAAGUCCAGCAAAAUCCACAAUUUCAAAACGUCAAUGAUGAAGUAGCCUCCGAUCAAGGCGGCCAUGAUACCGAUGCAAAUGAAAUGCAACAAAAUCCACCAGUUCAAAACAUCAAUGAUGAAUUUGCCCCAGAUCAAGGCGGCUACGAUACCGAUGCAAAUGAAAUGCCACAAAAUCCAACCACACUCAAUUCGACUCAUAAUGGUGAAAUCAACGGCUCAAGUGUUCAAGAAAUGUCCAAUUCGCCAGCAAUUGGUGAACCAAGCACAUCAAAUUUGUCAAAUUUCAAAGAUGGAAAGAUACAUGUUACACAAGUCUUUGACGAUAACUUGGAAAUGACGUAUGUUUUGGGUGAAAAACUUGCUCCAAAAGUUGAAAGCAAAUACAAGAUGAAGCAAAGUGAUUUUUUGUCUGGCCAAACACCAUUCCAGGAAAACGAAGACACUAAAGAUCGAGCAUAUUUGGUCAAAAUCGACGAUAAAUUUGAAGAAGUUAAAUUGAAAGGAAGUGUCGCAAACUGGUUGUGUAGUUUGAAUGAAAAGAAACGAAACGAUCAAUCUCUCGAUAAGUAUUUCAUCAAGGCUUUGCUCAUCGCAGUUUUUUCUAUAAAAAACAUCAAAGGGGAUGACGAGCUUCAUGCCGACCUUAUGGCAUUUAUCAAAGAAUUGUUUGUUGUCCGUGCUGGUGAGGAGGACCAAGAGCGGGUGGAAUCGUUCGAUGAUUUGGUUUUGGCUGCUGUUCGCGAACUUCGCAGUUAAAUUAACGCACAUUUUCAAACACACAUUCGUCAUUAUAUUUUUUUUCAUU